AUGUCCACUGCAACCGAUCAAUGUACACUGCAACCAAUCAAUGUCCACUGCAACCAAUCAAUGUCCACUGCAACCAAUCAAUGUACACUGCAACCAAUCAAUGUACACUGCAACCAAUCAAUGUCCACUGCAACCAAUCAAUGUCCACUGCAACCAAUCAAUGUCCAUUGCAACCAAUCAAUGUCCACUGCAACCAAUCAAUGUCCACUGCAACCAAUCAAUGUCCACUGCAACCAAUCAAUUUCCAUUGCAACCAAUCAAUGUCCACUGCAACCAAUCAAUGUACACUGCAACCAAUCAAUGUCCACUGCAACCAAUCAAUGUCCACUGCAACCAAUCAAUGUCCACUGCAACCAAUCAAUGUCCACUGCAACCAAUCAAUGUCCACUGCAACCAAUCAAUGUCCACUGCAACCAAUCAAUGUCCAUUGCAACCAAUCAAUGUACACUGCAACCAAUCAAUGUCCACUGCAACCAAUCAAUGUACACUGCAACCAAUCAAUGUCCACUGCAACCAAUCAAUGUACACUGCAACCAAUCAAUGUCCACUGCAACCAAUCAAUGUCCACUGCAACCAAUCAAUGUCCACUGCAACCAAUCAAUGUCCACUGCAACCAAUCAAUGUCCACUGCAACCAAUCAAUGUCCACUGCAACCAAUCAAUGUCCACUGCAACCAAUCAAUGUCCACUGCAACCAAUCAAUGUCCACUGCAACCAAUCAAUGUCCACUGCAACCAAUCAAUGUCCACUGCAACCAAUCAAUGUCCACUGCAACCAAUCAAUGUCCACUGCAACCAAUCAAUGUCCACUGCAACCAAUCAAUGUCCACUGCAACCAAUCAAUGUCCACUGCAACCAAUCAAUGUCCACUGCAACCAAUCAAUGUCCACUGCAACCAAUCAAUGUACACUGCAACCAAUCAAUGUCCACUGCAACCAAUCAAUGUCCACUGCAACCAAUCAAUGUCCACUGCAACCAAUCAAUGUCCACUGCAACCAAUCAAUGUCCACUGCAACCAAUCAAUGUCCACUGCAACCAAUCAAUGUCCACUGCAACCAAUCAAUGUCCACUGCAACCAAUCAAUGUCCACUGCAACCAAUCAAUGUCCACUGCAACCAAUCAAUGUCCACUGCAACCAAUCAAUGUCCACUGCAACCAAUCAAUGUCCACUGCAACCAAUCAAUGUCCACUGCAACCAAUCAAUGUACACUGCAACCAAUCAAUGUCCACUGCAACCAAUCAAUGUCCACUGCAACCAAUCAAUGUCCACUGCAACCAAUCAAUGUCCACUGCAACCAAUCAAUGUCCACUGCAACCAAUCAAUGUCCACUGCAACCAAUCAAUGUCCACUGCAACCAAUCAAUGUCCACUGCAACCAAUCAAUGUCCACUGCAACCAAUCAAUGUCCACUGCAACCAAUCAAUGUCCACUGCAACCAAUCAAUGUCCACUGCAACCAAUCAAUGCACCACUGCAACCAAUCAAUGUCCACUGCAACCAAUCAAUGUCCACUGCAACCAAUCAAUGUCCACUGCAACCAAUCAAUGUCCACUGCAACCAAUCAAUGUCCACUGCAACCAAUCAAUGUCCACUGCAACCAAUCAAUGUCCACUGCAACCAAUCAAUGUCCACUGCAACCAAUCAAUGUCCACUGCAACCAAUCAAUGUCCACUGCAACCAAUCAAUGUCCACUGCAACCAAUCAAUGUCCACUGCAACCAAUCAAUGUCCACUGCAACCAAUCAAUGUACACUGCAACCAAUCCAAUCAUCCACUGCAACCAAUCAAUGUCCACUGCAACCAAUCAAUGUCCACUGCAACCAAUCAAUGUCCACUGCAACCAAUCAAUGUCCACUGCAACCAAUCAAUGUCCACUGCAACCAAUCAAUGUCCACUGCAACCAAUCAAUGUCCACUGCAACCAAUCAAUGUACACUGCAACCAAUCAAUGUACACUGCAACCAAUCAAUGUCCACUGCAACCAAUCAAUGUCCACUGCAACCAAUCAAUGUCCACUGCAACCAAUCAAUGUACACUGCAACCAAUCAAUGUCCACUGCAACCAAUCAAUGUCCACUGCAACCAAUCAAUGUCCACUGCAACCAAUCAAUGUCCCACCACUGCAACCAAUCAAUGUCCACUGCAACCAAUCAAUGUACACUGCAACCAAUCAAUGUCCACUGCAACCAAUCAAUGUCCACUGCAACCAAUCAAUGUCCACUGCAACCAAUCAAUGUACACUGCAACCAAUCAAUGUCCACUGCAACCAAUCAAUGUCCACUGCAACCAAUCAAUGUACACUGCAACCAAUCAAUGUCCACUGCAACCAAUCAAUGUACACUGCAACCAAUCAAUGUCCACUGCAACCAAUCAAUGUCCACUGCAACCAAUCAAUGUCCACUGCAACCAAUCAAUGUCCACUGCAACCAAUCAAUGCCACUGCAACCAAUCAAUGUCCACUGCAACCAAUCAAUGUCCACUGCAACCAAUCAAUGUCCACUGCAACCAAUCAAUGUCCACUGCAACCAAUCAAUGUCCACUGCAACCAAUCAAUGUCCACUGCAACCAAUCAAUGUCCACUGCAACCAAUCAAUGUCCACUGCAACCAAUCAAUGUCCACUGCAACCAAUCAAUGUACACUGCAACCAAUCAAUGUCCACUGCAACCAAUCAAUGUCCACUGCAACCAAUCAAUGUACCACUGCAACCAAUCAAUGUCCACUGCAACCAAUCAAUGUCCACUGCAACCAAUCAAUGUACCACUGCAACCAAUCAAUGUCCACUGCAACCAAUCAAUGUACACUGCAACCAAUCAAUGUCCACUGCAACCAAUCAAUGUCCACUGCAACCAAUCAAUGUCCACUGCAACCAAUCAAUGUACACUGCAACCAAUCAAUGUAACCGCUGCAACCAAUCAAUGUCCACUGCAACCAAUCAAUGUCCACUGCAACCAAUCAAUGUCCACUGCAACCAAUCAAUGUACACUGCAACCAAUCAAUGUCCACUGCAACCAAUCAAUGUCCACUGCAACCAAUCAAUGUCCACUGCAACCAAUCAAUGUCCACUGCAACCAAUCAAUGUCCACUGCAACCAAUCAAUGUCCACUGCAACCAAUCAAUGUCCACUGCUACCAAUCAAUGUCCACUGGAACCAAUCAAUGUCCACUGCAACCAAUCAAUGUCCACUGCAACCAAUCAAUGUCCACUGCACCCAAUCAAUGUCCACUGCAACCAAUCAAUGUCCACUGCAACCAAUCAAUGUCCACUGCAACCAAUCAAUGUCCACUGCAACCAAUCAAUGUCCACUGCAACCAAUCAAUGUACACUGCAACCAAUCAAUGUCCACUGCAACCAAUCAAUGUCCACUGCAACCAAUCAAUGUCCACUGCAACCAAUCAAUGUCACCUGCAACCAAUCAAUGUACCACUGCAACCAAUCAAUGUCCACUGCAACCAAUCAAUGUCCACUGCAACCAAUCAAUGUCCACUGCAACCAAUCAAUGUCCACUGCAACCAAUCAAUGUCCACUGCAACCAAUCAAUGUACACUGCAACCAAUCAAUGUACACUGCAACCAAUCAAUGUCCACUGCAACCAAUCAAUGUCCACUGCAACCAAUCAAUGUACACUGCAACCAAUCAAUGUAGCACCACUGUUCAACCAAUCAAUGUACACUGCAACCAAUCAAUGUACACUGCAACCAAUCAAUGUCCACUGCAACCAAUCAAUGUCCACUGCAACCAAUCAAUGUCCACUGCAACCAAUCAAUGUACACUGCAACCAAUCAAUGUCCACUGCAACCAAUCAAUGUCCACUGCAACCAAUCAAUGUCCACUGCAACCAAUCAAUGUCCACUGCAACCAAUCAAUGUACACUGCAACCAAUCAAUGUCCACUGCAACCAAUCAAUGUCCACUGCAACCAAUCAAUGUCCACUGCAACCAAUCAAUGUACCACUGCAACCAAUCAAUGUACCACUGCAACCAAUCAAUGUCCACUGCAACCAAUCAAUGUACCACUGCAACCAAUCAAUGUACACUGCAACCAAUCAAUGUACACUGCAACCAAUCAAUGUCCACUGCAACCAAUCAAUGUCCACUGCAACCAAUCAAUGUACACUGCAACCAAUCAAUGUACACUGCAACCAAUCAAUGUCCACUGCAACCAAUCAAUGUCCACUGCAACCAAUCAAUGUCCACUGCAACCAAUCAAUGUACACUGCAACCAAUCAAUGUCCACUGCAACCAAUCAAUGUCCACUGCAACCAAUCAAUGUACACUGCAACCAAUCAAUGUACACUGCAACCAAUCAAUGUCCACUGCAACCAAUCAAUGAACUGCACACCCAAUCAAUGUACACUGCAACCAAUCAAUGUCCACUGCAACCAAUCAAUGUCCACUGCAACCAAUCAAUGUCCACUGCAACCAAUCAAUGUCCACUGCAACCAAUCAAUGUACACUGCAACCAAUCAAUGUCCACUGCAACCAAUCAAUGUCCCCUGCAACCAAUCAAUGUCCACUGCAACCAAUCAAUGUCCACUGCAACCAAUCAAUGUCCACUGCAACCAAUCAAUGUCCACUGCAACCAAUCAAUGUCCACUGGAACCAAUCAAUGUCCACUGCAACCAAUCAAUGUACACUGCAACCAAUCAAUGUACACUGCAACCAAUCAAUGUCCACUGCAACCAAUCAAUGUCCACUGCAACCAAUCAAUGUACACUGCAACCAAUCAAUGUACCACUGCAACCAAUCAAUGUCCACUGCAACCAAUCAAUGUCCACCCCAAUCAAUGUCCACUCAACCAAUCAAUGUCCACUGCAACCAAUCAAUGUCAACCUGCAACCAAUCAAUGUCCACUGCAACCAAUCAAUGUACACACUGCAACCAAUCAAUGUCCACUGCAACCAAUCAAUGUCACAACUCAAUGUCCUGCAACCAAUCAAUGUACACUGCAACCAAUCAAUGUCCACUGCAACCAAUCAAUGUCCACUGCAACCAAUCAAUGUCCACUGCAACCAAUCAAUGUCCACUGCAACCAAUCAAUGUCCACUGCAACCAAUCAAUGUACACUGCAACCAAUCAAUGUCCACUGCAACCAAUCAAUGUCCACUGCAACCAAUCAAUGUCCACUGCAACCAAUCAAUGUACACUGCAACCAAUCAAUGUCCACUGCAACCAAUCAAUGUCCACUGGAACCAAUCAAUGUCCACUGCAACCAAUCAAUGUCCACUGCAACCAAUCAAUGUACACUGCAACCAAUCAAUGUCCACUGCAACCAAUCAAUGUACACUGCAACCAAUCAAUGUACACUGCAACCAAUCAAUGUCCACUGCAACCAAUCAAUGUCCACUGCAACCAAUCAAUGUCCACUGCAACCAAUCAAUGUCCACUGCAACCAAUCAAUGUACACUGCAACCAAUCAAUGUACACUGCAACCAAUCAAUGUACACUGCAACCAAUCAAUGUACACUGCAACCAAUCAAUGUCCACUGCAACCAAUCAAUGUCCACUGCAACCAAUCAAUGUACCACUGCAACCAAUCAAUGUCCACUGCAACCAAUACAAUGUCCACUGCACCUGCAACCAAUCAAUGUCACACUGCAACCAAUCAAUGUCCACUGCAACCAAUCAAUGUACACUGCAACCAAUCAAUGUACCACUGCAACCAAUCAAUGUCCACUGCAACCAAUCAAUGUCCACUGCAACCAAUCAAUGUACACUGCAACCAAUCAAUGUACCACUGCAACCAAUCAAUGUCCACUGCAACCAAUCAAUGUACCACUGCAACCAAUCAAUGUCCACUGCAACCAUAACCUGCAACCAAUCAAUGUCCACUGCAACCAAUCAAUGUACAACCAAUCACUGCAACCAAUCAAUGUCCACUGCAACCAAUCAAUGUCCACUGCAACCAAUCAAUGUACACUGCAACCAAUCAAUGUCCACUGCAACCAAUCAAUGUCCACUGCAACCAAUCAAUGUCCAAGCAACCAAUCAAUGUACACUGCAACCAAUCAAUGUCCACUGCAACCAAUCAAUGUCCACUGCAACCAAUCAAUGUCCACUGCAACCAAUCAAUGUCCACUGCAACCAAUCAAUGUACACUGCAACCAAUCAAUGUCCACUGCAACCAAUCAAUGUACCACUGCAACCAAUCAAUGUACCACUGCAACCAAUCAAUGUCCACUGCAACCAAUCAAUGUCCACUGCAACCAAUCAAUGUCCACUGCAACCAAUCAAUGUCCACUGCAACCAAUCAAUGUCCACUGCAACCAAUCAAUGUCCACUGCAACCAAUCAAUGUACACUGCAACCAAUCAAUGUCCACUGCAACCAAUCAAUGUCCACUGCAACCAAUCAAUGUCCACUGCAACCAAUCAAUGUACACUGCAACCAAUCAAUGUCCACUGCAACCAAUCAAUGUCCACUGCAACCAAUCAAUGUACACUGCAACCAAUCAAUGUCCACUGCAACCAAUCAAUGUCCACUGCAACCAAUCAAUGUCCACUGCAACCAAUCAAUGUACACUGCAACCAAUCAAUGUCCACUGCAACCAAUCAUGUACACUGCAACCAAUCAAUGUCCACUGCAACCAAUCAAUGUACACUGCAACCAAUCAAUGUAUCCACUGCAACCAAUCAAUGUCCACUGCAACCAAUCAAUGUCCACUGCAACCAAUCAAUAUCCACUGCAACCAAUCAAUGUCCACUGCAACCAAUCAAUGUCCACUGCAACCAAUCAAUGUACACUGCAACCAAUCAAUGUCCACUGCAACCAAUCAAUGUCCACUGCAACCAAUCAAUGUCCACUGCAACCAAUCAAUGUCCACUGCAACCAAUCAAUGUACACUGCAACCAAUCAAUGUACACUGCAACCAAUCAAUGUCCACUGCAACCAAUCAAUGUCCACUGCAACCAAUCAAUGUACACUGCAACCAAUCAAUGUCCACUGCAACCAAUCAAUGUCCACUGCAACCAAUCAAUGUCCACUGCAACCAAUCAAUGUCCACUGCAACCAAUCAAUGUACACUGCAACCAAUCAAUGUCCACUGCAACCAAUCAAUGUCCACUGCAACCAAUCAAUGUCCACUGCAACCAAUCAAUGUACACUGCAACCAAUCAAUGUACACUGCAACCAAUCAAUGUCCACUGCAACCAAUCAAUGUCCACUGCAACCAAUCAAUGUCCACUGCAACCAAUCAAUGUCCACUGCAACCAAUCAAUGUCCACUGCAACCAAUCAAUGUACCACUGCAACCAAUCAAUGUCCACUGCAACCAAUCAAUGUCCACUGCAACCAAUCAAUGA